AACUCCAGCGUGCUCCACCCCGAGGAUAGUUCUCUUGCACGAUCGUCUGUCAAUUCCUGAUUCAAAAGUGUCUGUGAAACUCUAAAAAAUAUUUCACGUGUAUUUUCAAAGCUACAGUACUUAUUCAUGGUGAUUUAUACGAUAAUAUUCGAGUAUGUGUAUUAUAGAUUUGUGGCUUACUAAAAAAGCAUAAAUCCACUUUUCGCGUUUGCUCGAGAAUACCAGCAUCAAGUGUACAAGAACCAAGUAUCUCUUCUAAACUACGGAGAUGGCUGAUUCAUCACAUCAAAGAUGGCACUGCAGUCCUAUAAACCCCGACCUCGCGCUGCAGCAGACACUCGGCAAGAUCAUCCGCAAGCGCUGCUUCUCUGAAGCCGAGAUCAGAGAGUUUCUUCGAACCCCCGGGUAUACCGAUCAGGUUCGAAAUUCCAUAAUCAAAAUGAUUCCAGAAGUGGCGUUCUCUCUCCGCGUGAAUUGUUCGGCAAAAGAGGUCAAAAAACUCUCACUUCUGUGGAUCGCAGUCUUGGGUUAUUACUACAAGUCAGCCGAAAUGCUCGUUAGCUUGGGUGCCGAUGUCAACGAGCUUAGCGGAUUGCAAGAACCAUUCGGGUUGGUCCUCUUCUAUGGCGCAGGUAUCAAGAAUCUCGAUAAGAACUCGACCAUUCUCCACGUGCUUCUUCGGAUGGAAUCCUCCCCAGAUAACAAGAGACUAAUCCGUCUAGUAGUGGACCAUGGUGCCGACUUGGAAGCUACGGACGAGCAGGGACGAACCGUUCUGCACAUCGCGGCGAUGAAAAGCCGAGUUCGCAUGACCGAAAUGUUGCUUGAAAAAGGAGCCAAAGUCAAUAUCGAAGACGAUUGCGGCGUGACACCAUUGCUCGAGGCAGCCAACAAGGACAAUGUCAACAGACAGCUACCGUUGCUGAUUAGUCACGGGGCUGAUGUUUUUGCCAAAGACAGUCUAGAUCACAACGUGUUGCACUUUUUGGCAGAGAACACUUUCGAGCAGACCGUUGACUUGGCCAGAGUCUUGAUCGAGAAGGGUGUCUCGCUUGACGAUAGAGACAAUGAGAUUCAGUCCCAACCGAUACACCUGGCUGUCAUUCAGGAAAAUAAAAAAUUGGUAGAACUCUUUUUGGACCACGGCGCCGACGUUAAUUCGCUAAGGAAAGAUGGGGAAUUUCCGCUAUACCUCGCAGUUAGAUGGAUUUCCCAAUCACUACUCAAACCUUUGCUCGAACGUGGUGCAAGCAUUGAUCAAAGAACAACUUUAGGUCGCACAGCAUUACACGCCGCCUGCAGAUAUAAGAAGUAUGCAAACCAGCUUCAAGAGGAGGCCAUCGAGCUUCUCGUGAAUGCCGGUGCGGAUGUUCUUGUCGAGGACUGCGAUGGAAAUACACCACUCGCUCUCAUCGAAGCCGAUUGCGAAAUGAAAAAUCCAAGCGUCAGGCUGAUUAUCAAGGCGUUGGCGCUGAAAAAAGUUUGCCUGUCGCCUGUCGAAUUGAAGGACGAAAGAAUUAUCAAGAAGUACUUAGUAUGGUUAUAUUAUAAAGACUGCAUCAAAGAGAUCGAUCGAAUGAAAUUGACAUGGUUCGUGAAGACCUGCACUUUAUUCGAACUCCUGACAAGGAGCCACUGUCAGAUUGCCGAUCUCAUGAGGAAUCCCACCUUCGAGACCGAGUUCAGAAAGUGCGAUGUGAGCGUAUUUCCCAAGUACGCCGAAGACAUCUGGCGAGCCUUCAGACGCGCGCAACAUCAUUAUCACGCUACGCUGGAACAGGAAGAUGUCAUCAGUGAGGCUUUUUAUAAUAUGCUGCCUGAUUUGGUUGUGAGGAAGAUCGUUCGUUACAUGUUUAACAACUGUUGCCAGAAUGUGUUAUGAAUAAAAAUUUUCAAAAUAUUAAAAUAUCAA